AUGGAUAAUUCGACCCUUCCUCACGAAGUCCAGCAAUGCGCCCCAGAACUAGCUCGAAUUCUUAGCAACAAGAAAAAUCUUUACGAAUUUUUUGAAGAUCAUAUGAAAAGAUACCUCCCUGACUAUUCACUGAUCGAUUUAAACUACUUAAUUCAGCUUUUAUCUGGAGAAAAGAAGACAAUUUCCCAAGCAGAGUCUGAUUUGAUUAAAAUUGAGGAAAAUAUCCUUGUAUCAAGCAAUAAACUGCAUCAGCACUGUUUAAACAAUCCAAAACUUAAAUUUUAUGUUCCAGAAGGACCAACUAAUAGAGAUUAUGUAAUAAAAAUCCUUGCUGCCCUUGAUAGAGAUACAUUUAAUAAGCUAAAAGAAGUAUCAGCGGCCAAAGUAAGAGCCAAAGGCCUGCUUAGACGAAAAGAUUUGAUGAUUACCAUUUGUGGUGAAUUCGCCAAAAUUUUGCUAAAGCUGCCUAUAACAGAUAGGACGACGUCGUUUACAAUUAAACCUAAGCCAAGUGAAGUAGAGAAUAAUCCUAAUGUACAAACGAAUAAUGUAAGAGGAAAGAAUGGGAGAUGGAUAGCACAAGAAGAUCUUGAUGAAAUCGAAAGGCUUGAAAAGGAGUUUGGGGAGGAAAGUGAAGAGGAAGAUGAAGAUGGCAAAAAGAAAAAAGGAGGCAGUGCAAAUAAAAAGUCAAAAGUUUAA